AUGGGUAAUGACGGCGGAAGUAUCCCAACCCGGCGCGAACUAGUCCGCGAAGCCGCCAAAGCCCCCUCCGCAACACAAGUAAAAGAAGCGCAGCGCGAGCAACAAGAGCAUUGCUGGACAACGUGCCCACUAUCGCACAAACCCUUACUCCGCCCUAUCGUGUCAGACUCCGUGGGGAAUCUCUACAACAAAGACGCGAUCUUGAAAUACCUGAUUGGCGCCGAAGACGAGGACAUCAGCUCAAAAGCCGACUGCGAUGAGAUCCUGCAGGGAAGACUCAAGAGUCUGAGAGACGUGGUUGAGCUGAAAUUCGAGAUUGAUGAUUCGCCGGAUAACUCACCAGCGGCGCAAAAGGAUGCCAGUCACAAGGGUGAGACGUGGGUGUGUCCAAUUACAAGGAAAGAACUGGGCCCGAGUGUCAAGUCGGUUUAUAUAGUGCCGUGCGGGCAUGUCUUUGCUGAGGAGGCGGUCAGGGAGAUGAAAGGUGAUAAAUGUUUACAGUGUACCGAGCCGUAUACGGAAGACAACGUCAUCGUCAUCCUGCCUACCAAAGAAGCCGACAAACAACGACAGAUGGCUCGAGGCCAGAAACUCAGCGAACAAGGGCUCACGCACUCGUUAAAGAAGCUGUCUGGAUCUAAGAAACGUAAGAAGCAUGCAAAUGGUGAAUCUUCAGCCACCGCAGAGACACCAUCAUCUAAAGCUACCGCCACCACGAACGGGUCUUCGGGUAUCAAGAAUGCGGCGACGGCUAUGCUUACAGCAAAAGUAUUGGAAGAGGAGAGUAAGAAAAAGAAGCAGAAGGUCGCUGGUCGGAAUGGGAAUCUGGAAAGUUUGUUUCACAAUGACAAGACUAAGCGGCAGCUCAAGGACGGGGAUUUCAUGACAAGAGGGUUUUCGAUACCCGCAGACGCUCGGCGAUCAUAA